AGAGGUGAACGGUAUACUUAAGUGCGUUCAGAAGAACUUCAGGGCUUUGCGCACGAUCUGAGCCUGUAUUAGACAUUCGCUAGGUUUACUCUCAGAAUUCAAACUCAUUUCAAACAUAAUGAAACCUAUGUUAAAUCUCUUACUCACUGCAUGUGUUUUACAUUUGGCUUUAUCGACUAUACAUAAUGGACCUCUACUCCACACCAAACUGGGAGUCCUUAGGGGGGACUACAUGCGUGUUCGCGGAAAGACCACAGUUGUUCAUGCCUACCUGGGAGUGCCUUUUGCCACACCACCAGUGGGAAACUUAAGGCUGGCUCCACCACAACCUUUGCAAGGAUGGGAAGGCGUCAGAGAUGCCACCCAGUUCCCUUCCAUGUGUGUACAAGACAAAAACAUAUUUGAUUUCCUGAUGGAGAUGGUCAACAUGGUCAUGGAUCUACCUGAGGUGUCUGAGGACUGCCUGUAUGUCAAUGUCUACACUCCCAUUCAGCCUGCCAAAGAUGAAAAGUUACCUGUGAUGGUGUGUAUACACGGAGGAGGGUUUAGUAUGGGAUCUGCCUCCACUUAUGAUGGAUCUGUCCUGGCAGCGUAUCAGAAUGUGGUUGUAGUCACCAUUCAGUACAGACUGGGCAUGCUGGGAUUUUUCAGCACAGGGGAUGAUAACGCCCCGGGAAACCUGGGCCUUUUGGACCAGGUAGCAGCGCUGCAGUGGGUCCAAGAGAACAUCCACAGCUUUGGGGGAGACCCGUCCUCCGUCACAAUAUUUGGAGAGUCCGCAGGGGGUGUUAGCGUGUCAUUGCUGGUUCUUUCCCCACUAAGCACCGGUCUUUUCCAUCGCGGCAUAGCAGAGAGUGGUACGGCAGCCAUGCUUGCCAUCUUCAACCCUGAUCCUAUGAACACAGCAAAGAUGGUAGCCAAUGCAACAAACUGUGAGGGCACCAAACCAGACCAGAUUGUGGAUUGUGUGAUGCGGAUGUCAGUCGAGGACAUUGUGAAGUUUCAACUGGAGCAUGCAGAGGUGCCCUUUCAAAUGGUGAAUGAUGGCUAUUUCCUACCAAAGGCAGUACCAGACCUUCUUAAGGCUCAUGAGUUCAACAAGGUGCCAUUAAUUAACGGUGUUAACAACGAUGAAUGUGGCUGGAUGCUAACUAGUUUUAUGGCACCACCUGACUGGGUAGACGGCAUGGAUCGUGACUCAAUGAAAACCUUUGUCGCCAACUUAUACCGUAAUCCAGACAGCGAAAUCAGCACUGCCUUGAUUAUGGAUGAGUACCUAGGGAAUGGAGAAGACCGUAUCAAAAACAGAGACAGCAUUACAGAGUUCUGUGGAGACAUUUUGUUCACCAUCCCUGCUAUCACAUUAUCAAAUGCUCACAGAGAUUCAGGAGCUCCAGUUUUUGCCUAUGAGUUCCAGCACCCGCCAAGCAUGUUUGCGAAGACGCGUCCCAGCUUUGUCGGAGCAGACCACUCAGAUGAGAUUGCCUUUGUAUUUGGAAACUGCUUUUAUAAUGGCCCCAUCAAAAUAAAUGGCACUUUUACUGAGGAGGAAGAUGAGCUGUGUAGAACGAUGAUGGCAUACUGGGGAAACUUUGCACGCACCGGAUCCCCCAACGGACCUGGGUUGACCCACUGGCCAGCAUAUGGUGCCAGGGAGGAGUAUCUGGGCAUCGGGCUGAAGCAGCAGGUGGGAUACCACCUGAAGGCUGACCGCUACGCCUUCAUGACCCAGACACUGCCAGAGAAGAUCCAGCAGAUGAAACAGCACCAGCAGCGCACUGAGCUGAUUCAGACUCAUUCUAAACACAUUCUAAACAUAAUGAAUCCUAUGUUUCACCUCUUACUCACUGCAUGUGUUUUACAUUUGACUUUAUCGACCGUACAUAAUGGACCUCUACUCCACACCAAACUGGGAGUGCUUAGGGGGGACUACAUGCGUGUUCGCGGCAAGACAACAGUUGUUCAUGCCUACCGGGGCGUGCCUUUUGCCACACCACCAGUAGGAAACCUAAGGCUGGCUCCACCACAACCUUUGCAAGGAUGGGAGGGCAUCAGAGAUGCCACCCAAAUGCCUCCCAUGUGUGUACAAGACAAACAAUUAUCUGUUUACCUGUGGGAGAUGGCUGGCUUUGACGUAGAUCUACCUGAGGUGUCUGAGGACUGCCUAUAUGUCAAUGUCUAUACUCCUACUCAGCCUGCCAAAGAUACAAAGUUACCUGUGAUGGUGUGGAUACAUGGAGGAGGGUUUAGUAUGGGAUAUGCCUCCAUGUAUGAUGGAUCCUUCCUGGCAGCGUAUCAGAAUGUGGUUGUAGUCACCAUUCAGUACAGACUGGGCAUGCUGGGAUUUUUCAGCACAGGGGAUGAUAACGCCCCGGGAAACCUGGGCCUUUUGGACCAGGUAGCAGCGCUGCAGUGGGUCCAAGAGAACAUCCACAGCUUUGGGGGAGACCCGUCCUCCGUCACAAUAUUUGGAGAGUCCGCAGGGGGUGUUAGCGUGUCAUUGCUGGUUCUUUCCCCGCUAAGCACUGGUCUUUUCCAUCGUGCCAUAGCAGAGAGUGGCACGGCACCCAUACUUACCCUCUUCUCCUCUGAUCCUAUGAUCACAGCAAAGAUGGUAGCCAAUACAACAAACUGUGAGGGCACCAAACCAGACCAGUUUGUGGAUUGUGUGAUGCGGAUGUCAGUCGAGGACAUUAUCAAGUUUCCAAAAGAGCAUCCAGAAGCUGUCUAUGGAGUGGUAGUGGAUGGCUAUUUCCUACAAAAGGCAGUACCAGACCUUCUUAAGUCUCAUGAGUUCCAAAAGGUGCCAUUAAUCAAUGGUGUUAACAACCAUGAAUGUGGCUGGGUGAUACCUGGUUUUUUGGCAGCCCCUGACUGGGUAGACGGGAUUGAUCAUGACUCAAGCAAAACCUUUGUCGACAACCUCUACCGUAAUCCAGACAGCAAAAUCAGCACUGCCUUGAUUAUGGAUGAGUACCUAGGGAAUGGAGAAGACCGUAUCAAAAACAGAGACGGCCUUACAGAGUUCUGUGGAGACUUUAUGUUCACCAUUCCUGCUAUCACAUUAUCAAAUGCUCAUCGAGGUUUGAGAUUUACCUACUAUGUAAAGCACCUUAUUCAGAAGCUUUCCAAGCUUUCAUGGGAAAAAGAACCAUGUGAAAUUGCAAAUGACCCAAGGAAGGAACGAUUACAUUUUGGGAGUGAUCCGUAUCACCGCCUGGAUCCAGGAGGAGAUUCAGGAGCACCAGUUUUUGCCUAUGAGUUCCAGCAUCCACCAAGCUUGCUUGGGAAGAAACGUCCCAGCUUUGUCAGAGCAGACCACGGAGAUGAGAUUGCCUUUGUAUUUGGAGACUGCUUUUCGCCUCAUCUCCUCAAGCUGAAUGCCACUUUUACAGAGGAGGAAGAUGAGCUGUGUAGAACGAUGAUGGCAUACUGGGGAAACUUUGCACGCACCGGAUCCCCCAACGGGCCCGGUUUAACACACUGGCCAGCAUACGGUGCCGGGGAGGAGUAUCUGGGCAUCGGGCUGAAGCAGCAGGUGGGAUACCACCUGAAGGCUGACCGCUACGCCUUCAUGACCCAGAGACUGCCAGAGAAGAUCCAGCAGAUGAAACAGCACCAGCAGCGCACUGAGCUCUAGAGGGAGCAACUGCUACCCAUCUGCCUCGCACUGAUCCAAUCACACCAAUUUCAGCCUGACCACUUGUCAUGGCAGCGAUCCAAGCACUUGUGGAAAGUAACUACUGUUUCCAUAACAAGCAUCUCUGAACUGAACUCUGACCUCAAUUCAGCUCUCUGGGUCACUUGAUAUGACUUAGAAACACAAUUGAGCCCUAGGGCCCAUAGGCUUUGUGAAGCUGUGUGCAAAAGUAUCAAUGUAGAAUGAAAAUAUGAGUAUUUUAGAACAACUUUGCAAAAUGCCAUAUGGAAACUCCAAUAUUGUGUCAAAUAAAAGGUAACACUCUAA